AUCAGUAAAAGGCUGUUAUUACAGAUUGCAUCUCCAGAUGCUAUUGUCAGAAGCAUGUACAAUGAUAAAAUGAAUAAGAAAUAUCAACAAAUCUAUUUUGUACAUCAAGAACAUUCAUCACUUGCAGAUCUCAUAAAUAGAAUCCCUCCUCAAGAUCAAACAUUGUUACAGGUGACAACUCAUACUCCAACUCUCUCACAAACUGAAUUUGAGGAACUAGGAAAUCGCAUAGGAAUAGAUCUAGAAAACAUGACUAGAAUUCAUUUGGAAGCAUUUCAAACUGAGCAAGACUUUGUUAAUAGCAUUGAUAUGAUGAUAAGAAAGGAUAAGUCCGAUGAAUCACAUUGUGUCAUUUUUGAAUGUGAAAGAGCUCACGAGAAUGGAAAUUUAAUUUCUUGCUGCCGAUAUCGUCUUACUGACAAAUUCAGAGAAGCUGUUGAGUUAGGCUGUUUAAAUACUAGAUUUGUUCUCCUCGUUCAUUUACCAAAGAAGUGUUUGAAGUCAAACUUUGUAAGCUUUCAGGAGUGUCCUUGGCUAUGCUAUCAUGUUGAUGCUAUUUUCUCCACUGAAAAUUCAGUACCUUUGAAUCAGAUCCUUAGUGGUGAAGUAUGCUCCAUGAGUGAUAUUUAUUAUGAUGAGAAAGAUUAUGCUUCAAUAAAUUCUUUGGCUAGUGUUGGUGAUAUUAGUGACAAUCAGUUAUUUAAAGAUUAUCAACUCUUACCAUGUACGGUGCCUCAAAAAAUAAACCUUUGUAAACGGCUGUAUUUACAAAUAUCAAAAGCAGCAUCUAAUCCUGAGCAAGUUAGCCAACUGUCACAAAUUAUUCCUCCAAAAAUUCUUUUUCCACUUAGUAAAGAUAAAAUCACAUUUCAUUCACAAACUAUUCGUCUUAUUAAGGGCAUACUCAGAGACAAAGAAUCUAAAGAUAAUUCAUAUGCUAAGCAAAAAUGGAUACUAGAUGAAUCUAUGAAUAUGACUAAGCUUCAAGAAGCUGGAACAUUUCAAAAUGCAGUCGUGAGGAAAUUUGAUGAUAUAAUAAUUCCAAUAUUUGCUGAAAUUAUCUCUGUGAUUGAUAAAUAUUCCAAUUUGAAAUUGCUAUCAAAAAUUGAAACUGAACUAAAACAAUUGUGGCUUAAUUUAUACAACUCUGAUUAUGUCACACAGCUGAUAAUGUCAAAGCUUCAGUCUACACCAGAUGAUAUUUUUGGUAUUAAUGCUGCUUCCACAAAGCAAUUUUUUUGUCAGUUUCCAUUUUCCUGGAUUUUGAAUGACAUUGUCAAUGAAAAUUGUAAUGAAGAUACUAAGGACCUUAUUAAGCUAUUAAAAGACUAUGAUUUGUUCAAAAGUUUUGAAAAUUUACCAGGAGAUAUUAUCAGCCCUCUUGCUAGGUUUUAUGUUCAUGAUUUUGUUCACCUUAUGGACACUAAAAGACAGCCACUGGAAAAAGAAUAUUAUAAGGUUUUGGAGAAUUGUAUGAUUGCUAUGUCAGGAAUAUCCUUUUCUGAUGAGCUUGAUGUCACUUCACUGUUUCAAGUAGUUGUUAAUGUACAAAAGGUUUAUUCUGAAAACAAGUCAUUUUUUGAUUUGUUUUCUGAACUCAUAAUGUUAGUGCCAUCUACUGUUAACAAAAUGAGUUUAAAGUCAAAUGAUUCAAAUAUUCAGAUCCUGCUUGUUGAGGCAUUGAAAGAAGUGUUAGAUAGCCCAUUCUUAGAUGUUAAAGCUCCAACUGACAAGUGAGAAAGAAGUAUCA